UUCAUGUCAACAUGGGCCCUCUACUGCAUCAGAUUCAUGUCAACAUGGGCCCUCUACUGCAUCAGAUUCAUGUCAACAUCGGCCCUCUCUCUACUGCAUCAGAUUCAUGUCAACAUGGGCCCUCUCUCCUGCAUCAGAUUCAUGUCAACAUGGGCCCUCUACUGCAUCAGAUUCAUGUCAACAUGGGCCCUCUACUGCAUCAGAUUCAUGUCAACAUGGGCCCUCUCUCUCUCUCCUGCAUAGAGAAGAUGCUUAAUAGCCUGAUGACAGGAGCAGGCCAACAAGUGCGUGUCGACUGUGGGGAUGUAUUCGGAGUGGCGUUCUCUGCAGCUGGAGUUCCAGGGUGGGGGGGGGCAUCUGAGCGUGCUGCACUCGUACCCCCCCACAGUGGGGCCGGAUGUGGCUGCCAUCCUGCUCACACCCCUGGGGGCCACACUCAAGGCCUCCACCAGCACCCUCAGGACCGACAAGGAGGUGAAAUGGACGAUGGAAGUGCUGUGUUUUGGGCUGACCCCACCGGUUGACAUGGAAACGGUGCGCUUGUGUGUGGAAGUGUACACUGAUUGGAUGAUGGUGCUAGUGGCGCCCAGAGACUCAACCCCCCCACCACUGGUCAAGGAGCCGGACCGCUAUGUCCAAACCAUCCUGGCUCACCUCUACAACCUGUUCCUGGCACGUGAGGAGGACAACACUCUCCUGCACCUGAAGUUGUGUCAGCAGGUGUUGGAGGCGGUGCUUCGCUUGGCCCGUGAGGCGCCUGUGAUGUCACGCCAGACGUGGGAGGGGCUUCUGGUGUUCCUGCUCCGUGUCUGUGACACUCUACUUGCCCCGCCUACAGUAGGAGGUGGCGUAGCGGAGCACCUCGCGGAGCGUCUGGUGGCCGUGCUGUUUGAGGUGUGGCUGCUGGCCUGUCUGCGCUCUUUCCCCUCUCCUCCGUAUUGGAAGACGGCACGUGAGAUGGUGGCCAACUGGAGACAUCGCCCCCAGGUGGUGGAGCAGUGGAACCGCGUUGUAGCAGCCCUCACCUCUAGGCUCCUGUCCUUCACCUAUGGUCCGUCCUUCCCGCCGUUUAAAGUCCCUGAGGAGGAUGCUCAGCUCGUUCCCAUGGAGAUGGACAGUGACUGUGUGUCCCAGACCUGGUUCCGCUUCCUGCACAUGCUCAGCAACCUGGUGGACCUGAGCAACCCGGUGCAGGUCAGCACGACGCCCAAAUUCCAGGAGCAGCUGCUGAGCGCAGGUGGCCUCCAUCCCCAGGAGGUGGCGCUACACCCCUGCCUGCGCCAGCUGCCCCACGUCUUCUACCGCGCCAUGCGGGCCCUCAGCACCCUGGUCGACGCCUUCAUGGGUAUGUCUCGGCCGCGUGCGGACAGCUCUCCCCCCACCCCUCUGAGCCGGACCAGCGUGGCCCCCCCCUCCAGCACCAGCAGCACACCCCCCCACAGCCGCAGGCACCGCUCCGCCGUGGCCAGCAAGACCAGCAGCAAGUCCUCCAGCAGUAGUGGUUCCCACGCGGUCCGGAGCUCCUCCCACCCUCCCUCUGGCUCCUCCCCCCUCUCCAGCCCCAAUCAGAGCAGCUGGGAGCCCCAGCCCCUCCCCGCCCCCUCUCGUCCGAAGGUCAACAGCAUCCUGGACCUGUUCGGCCAGUGGCUGUUCGAUGCUGCUCUAGUGCACUGCAAACUGCAAAGGGGACUGAUCCACGACCCUAGCCGCACAGCAACCUUUAUCCAAAUUCUGCUCUCGUAUAAGUCUUCGGUGGUGUCCGGUGUGGGCCUGGAGUUACGGCGUAAGGGCUCUCAGCUGUCCGCCCUGUCCGAGGACUCCCUGGUGUCCAACCCGCUGUUCGACGCCCACGACCUCCCCGACAGCUACGAGGCUGGACGAGCCGAGGCCUGCGGUGCCCUCUGCAGGGUCUUCUGCAGCAAGCGCACCGGAGAGGACAUCCUGCCCGUGUACCUGUCCAGGUUCUACAUGGUUCUAAUCCAGGGCCUGCAGGUGACGGAGUUCCUGUGUCGGCCAGUUCUGUCCAGCAUCAUCCUCAACUCCACAGGCCUCUUCUGCAGUGACCUGAAGGGCGUCAACCUGCUGCUGCCGUACUACACCCGCGCGCUGGAGACCAUCUUACCAGACAGGGAGCUGGGUAAGUUCCAGGCGUGUGUGAAUCCUGUGGAUCUGCGGAGAGCUUCCAUCCUGCUCCUCCUCUCCAUGAUACCUCUCCCUCUGCACUUUGGCCAUGUGAAGACCGAGGUGAUUCUGGAAGGCAAAUUCAAUAAUGAUGAGAAUUGUCCGGGUGACCAGCCCAUGUCCUUCCUGUCGCUACGGUUACGUCUCGUCAACAUCCUGAUUGGAGCUCUCCAGACAGAAACAGACCCAGGCAACACACAGAUGAUCCUAGGAGCCAUGUUGAAUAUGGUGCAGGACUCCGCAUUGCUGGAGUCCAUUGGAACACAGAAAGAGCAGGGCUCUGUAGGAAGAGCGCCCUCUUUAGGUCACAGCCGCCACAGCAGCAGCCUGAGCGGGGGGAGUGUGGAGCUGGCCAGCUUGGACUCGGACCGUCCUGCCCACGCCCUGCUGCGUGACUAUGAUUCUGCCAUGGGCUUACUGGUGCGGAGUGUCCAUCUGGUGACCCAAAAGCUCACGUCCUCCUGGAGAAAUGACAUGAGUAUCUCUCUGGCCGCUCUGGAGCUGCUGUCUGGACUAGCCAAGGUGAAGGUGUGUGUGGAGGCAUCGGAGCAGCGGCGUGCUGUGCGGUGUGUGUGUGGCUUCAUCGAGGCCCAGUGUAGUCGCCCCGCCCCCCAGCACUCCAGGGAUCUCCACUCCAUGAUCGUCGCCGCCUUCCAGUGCAUGUGUGUGUGGCUCACCGAACACCCCGACCUGCUCGACAACAAGGACUGUCUGAGCGAGGUGUUGGCCAUCGUGGAGCUGGGUAUUUCUGGCAGCAAGUCCAAAAGCGAACAGGAAGUCCGUCUGAAGGGGGAGAAGGUGUUAAGCCCAGCCUCCCUCCGGGUGAAGGAUGCUGCCGAGGCCACGUUGUCAUGUAUCAUGCAGGUGUUGGGGGCGUUUCCAUCGCCCAGUGGCCCCGCCUCCACAUGCAGCCUGCUGAACGAGGAUUGGCUGAUGCGUUACUCGCGGCUGGACGCCAACGGUUGCCAGCCGUUCCGCUACUUUGUGCUGGACAACUCGGUCAUCCUGGCCAUGCUGGAGCAGCCGCUAGGCAACGAACAGAAUCCAUGUCCGUCUCUUACCAUAUUGGUCAGAGGGAUGUCCGGUCGCCAUGCCUGGACCAUGCAGCUUUUCCAUCAGCCCAGAGGGGCGCGAGCCAAUCAGAAGAUCUUUUCCCCUGAGAGCCGUCCCCAGCCCCGAGGUGACGUGGGGUCACGACCCAGCGUGCGGCGGCGGCCAUUCCCGGAGGACGUGGACAAGAUCCCACUGGUCAAGGCCGACCUCAGCAUCCCCGAUCUCCACGAACUCCUCACAGCAGAGGAGCCUUUGAUAGACAUUGCGGCCAUGAGAAAGUGUAAUGACCCCUAUCUGGAGUUGCAGCAUGAGCAUCUGAACGUGGCGAUGUCGCAUCAGCUGGAGUACGAGCAGGCGGUGGAGCGUCAGAGUGAGGUGGGAGGCGGGACUGGGGGCGGAGUCUUCCCCGACCCCCAGAGGGAGUGCACGCCCCCCUCACCCGCUCAGGACUUCCAGACCGCACGCCUCUUCCUCUCACACUUCGGCUUCCUGUCACUGGAGGCUCUCAAGCCUCAGGACCCUGGGAACAGCCGCCUGCCCCCCCAGCUGGUGGCACUGGACACUCAGCUGUCCGGCUUCUCCCAGGACCUCGCCUACCUGGACCUGUUGCCAUGCCGACCGUUUGACACAGUGUUCGUGUUCUACGUGAGGGCGGGGCAAAAGACCAGUGAGGAGAUUCUGCGGAAUGUUGAGUCAUCAGAGACUGUCCACCCUCACUUCCUGGAGUUCGUGAUGUCACUGGGCUGGCCAGUGGAGAUUGGCCGGCAUCCUGGCUGGACAGGUCAUGUGGACUCCAGCUGGUCCGUCAGUCUCAGUGGAGAUGCUGAGAGCCAGCAGCAAGGUGAUGCCUCUCCUGAAGAGGACAGUGGGGAAGUUGGCUUUAAUGGUGAAAAGCAGGUGCUGUAUUACUCUGAUGCCAUCACAGAGAUUGCCUUCAUCCUACCCACAUUCAGAGAACACUCAGCUGAGUCUUCAGAGGUCAGUGACUCCACUGGGGAGGCGGAGCCACAGACUGAACUUCCUGCUGAUGUCAUAAAGCCCCGCCUUACUCUGGAUCUUCACCCCUCCAAUUCAGAGAACUUGUUUCAGCGGAGCCCGGGCAUGAGAGUAAGGCGGACGCCCUCGUCUCGGCCCGUCCACCCUCUGGGCCCAGAGACCAAGGUGCUGCUGGCCUGGGUGGAGAGCUACGACGACAUCGAGAACUUCCCCAUGGCAGAGUUACUGGCAGAGACGAGCACAGGUCUAGAGACUUGUGGCAACAGCAGCUCAUCUUGCAGGUCCGUGUUCUAUGAGAAGGACGUGCCUGUUGUGUUUAUUCACCCCCUCAAAACCGGCCUGUUCCGGAUCAGACUCCACAGAAGCGCUGCUGCUGCCAAGCUCAGUUUGGGGCUCCCCCUAGUGGACGGUAUGGUGGUCAGCAGAAGAGCUCUGGGCUCUCUGGUGCGUCAGACGGUGGUGAACGUGUGUCGUCGGCGGCGACUGGAGAGUGACUCGUACAGCCCCCCCCACGUGAGGCGGAAGCAGAAGAUUGCGGAGAUCGCCCAGAGAUACCGCAGCCAGCAGCUGGAACCAGAGUUCUACACCGGCCUUUUCCAAGAGCCAUGCCACUGACACACACACACACACACACACACACACACACACACACACACACACACACACACACAGUUACCUAGCCAGCAGCUCGUCCCUGAGUUCUAAACCUCUCUCAAGACCCAGUGUCACACACACACGCAGACACACACGUACACAGAUGCAAGCAUUGCCCUGUGAUAUCACACUUAUCCACAGACACACACACACACACACACACACACACACACACACACACACACACACUGUCCUGUGCUAUCACACCUAUCCACACACAGGUGCACGGCUACUGUUGGAUGUAGGGUACAGGCCAGUACUGGAAACAGAUCUCAUGUGAAUACUGUAUGUGAGUGUGUGUGUGUGUGAAGCCAUUGAAAUGUAGAUACACACACACACACACACAUACACAUAUACACACACACACACACACACUCCUCAUCAGCCCCAGUAAUGACCUUUGCAGACAGAAUUGAAUAUAUGGCAUUUUUUGACCUUCGUCACCUUUUAUUCUAGCAGUGACCUUUGACCUUCCACUCCCCACGUCCUGUCUCCCUUUACAUCUUUUCACUCCAAAUCAGAGGUCAGAAUAAGGUCAUGAUGAAUAAGGUCAGAGGUCACAAUAAGGUCAUGAUCACUGAUGAGGAUGCAUUUUAUCAUUAAAUCCUAAUUUAGUCCUAAUUCAGUCUUAAUUUGUUUUUAAAGACUUCAGUCUUAAUGAAUCUUAAUUCAGCCCUAAUUCAGUCUUAAUUCAGUUUUAUUCAGGACUUAAUUCAGUCCUAAUUCAGUCUUAAUGAGUCUUAAUUCAGGCCUAAUUCAGUUUUAUUAAGGACUUUAUUCAGGCCUAUUUCAGUCUUAAUGAAGUUUUUUUGUGAAAGAACAGUCAGGGCCCUUCUCUGGCUGACCUUGUGGUUACCUUGGUAACAAGUCUGCUGUAUCAUCCAACAUGGAGACAAAUCGUUUAUUUAUCAAUUUAUUUAUUUUCUUCGCUCUGCACUGCUUUCAUGACUACUCAGAGGUGACGGACAUCUGAGUGGAAUACACACACACACACACACACACACCAGUGACCAACUGCAGACAUCCCACACAGAGCCCUCUGCUUCAGUGUGUGUGUUUGUGUGACAAGAUAUUUCGAGGCCCUCAUGUCAUCAGAAGGAAUACUGUGAGGAGGGACUUCCUGUUAGCCAGUCACAUGGCCAGACAACUUGCUUCCUAUUGGUGGAGGGACACUGGACUCAUAUGAGAUCUUAAUCUUGAGUUGACAGAUACUGUAUCUUUGAGCAAUUUAGCAACUGAUGACAUCAUCAUUUGUAGUUUACUUUCAUUUUGUUCUUCACUGUUUACUUAACUAUUGUUUGCGUCGUAAGACUUUUACUUCUGUGAUGUUUGUGUGUGUGGGACGGGGUGGGUGUGCUCCUGUGAUAUCAUCGCAUCAUGUGAUCCCUCCUCCUCCGCUAGGGGUAAUAUUAAGCUCCGCCCCUUUUAAUACUGAAGGGGGCAUUGGAAUCACUGCUGACUUGUUUACAUACCUCACACAUGAACACACACACACACACUCACGUACUGUAUACAGAGGAACAUGUACACACUCUUACAUACAUACUCAAACAUAAACACACACACACACACACACACACACACACACGUAUACAGAGGAACAUGAACACACACACACACACAGGACACACACAUACAUAGACUGCCUUGUAUGUAUUUACUGAAACACAUGCACACA